AUGAAGGUUUACACCUUAUCCUGCUUCCUCCUCAGCACUCUUGCGCUGGCACUGGCAGCACGGCCUGACGCAGGUAGCCUCGAUGCAGCCACGAUAGCCGUGCAAGAGCUCGAUCGUGUUCUGUCUCUGCCGGGGCAGCCGAGGUCCUCGCCUGCAUUCAAGCAGUACUCCGGGUACGUCACGACGGAUGAGUACCUAGGCAAGGCACUGUUCUACUGGUUCUUCGAGGCCACGGACAAGCCUGACGAGAAGCCACUGGUUCUGUGGCUGAAUGGAGGGCCUGGCUGUUCUUCCAUUGGGUUUGGACAAUCACAGGAGCUUGGUCCAUUCCUGGUGAAGAAAGAUGUGCCUGAGCUUGAGCUAAACCCCUGCAAACAUGCUGUUCCUGGACUCCCCAGCGGGCGUUGGAUUUUCGUACACUAACACGCCCUUUGAAAAAGAUCCACCGGGAGACAAUUCCACAGGUGGUUCCAGAGGUUCCCCCAGCACAAAGCGAAGGAAUUCUACAUAGCUGGAGAGAGCUACGCAGGACACUACGUUCCCCAGCUCUCAAACGUCAUCCUGGAGGAGAACAAGAAGGCCUCCAAGGAAAAUUACAUCAACUUCAAAGGCAUCCUGAUCGGGAACGCCUACAUGGACGGGGACACUGACCUCUGGGGCAUCGUUGACUCCGCGUGGCACCACGCCAUCAUCUCGGACAACCUCUACAGCGACUUCAAGAAGAACUGCGACUUCAGCUUGGUCGAGCUGUCCCCGGAGUGCGACGCGGACAUCGGCCAGUUCACCGCCCUCUACAAGAUCAUCGACAUCUACAGCUUGUACACCGAUCGGUGCGAGCUCGGGUACCCGGAUUUCAACACGUCGUCCUCGGCGCAGAUCCGGCGGACCGGCAGCGGCCGUCUGGAUCUUAUGAAGAUGCCGAUGGGGUACGACCCGUGCACGCAGACGUACGCGACCGAGUAUUUCAACCGCAAGGAUGUGCAGAAGGCUCUGCACGCAGAUAUCAGAGGCGCGCCGCAUCCCUUCUCGCUUUGCCGUAACUCGAUCAACAACGCAUGGAAAGACUCCGACCUGACAGUCGUUCCAGUAGUCAAGAAGCUGGUGGAGGCAGGGCUCCGGAUAUGGAUUUUCAGCGGCGACACGGACGCAAGGAUCCCUACGACGUCAACCCGGUACACGCUGAAGAAGCUCGGCCUGCCCAUCAAAGCGCCCUGGUCGCCGUGGUUUCAUCGCAAGCAGGUUGGCGGCUGGAGCGUGGUGUACGACGGCCUGACAUUUGUCACCGUGAGAGGGGCCGGCCACAUGGUCCCGUCCACGCAGCCUGCGCAAGCGCUCGAGCUCUUCAGGCACUUCCUGGCCAACACCAACCUGCCCUCCAAGCCGUUCUAGAAAAUGUUACUGGUCGUUUUCGAACACGUACGCUCCUGAAUAAACAUACAUCGUCC